AACCUGGUCAGGGUGCUUCCUGCCGGCGCGAUGGAGGACGAGGAAGGACCUGAGUAUGGCAAACCCGACUUUGUGCUUUUGGAUCAAGUGACCAUGGAAGACUUCAUGAAGAACCUGAAACUCAGGUUUGAGAAGGGCCGCAUCUACACCUACAUCGGGGAGGUGCUGGUGUCCGUGAACCCCUACCAGGAGCUACCCCUGUAUGGGCCCGAGGCCAUUGCCAGGUACCAGGGCCGAGAGCUCUAUGAGCGGCCACCCCACCUCUACGCCGUGGCCAAUGCAGCCUACAAGAUGAUGAAGCUCCGGUCCAGGGACACCUGCAUUGUUAUCUCAGGGGAGAGUGGGGCAGGGAAGACCGAAGCCAGCAAGCACAUCAUGCAGUACAUUUCUGCUGUCACCAACUCUAGCCAGAGGGCUGAGGUGGAGAGGGUCAAGGAUGUGCUACUCAAGUCCACCUGUGUGCUAGAGUCCUUCGGCAACGCACGCACCAACCGCAACCACAACUCCAGCCGCUUCGGCAAGUACAUGGACAUCAACUUCGACUUUAAAGGAGAUCCUGUAGGGGGACACAUCCACAGCUACCUGCUGGAAAAGUCUCGAGUCCUCAAGCAACACGUGGGUGAAAGGAAUUUCCACGCCUUCUACCAGGUGCUGCGGGGCUGUGAGGAUGAGGAGCUACAUGAACUGCACUUACAGAGAAACCCUGCUCUGUAUAAUUUCACCCGCCAGGGAGCAGGGCUCAAUACCUUAGAGAGCGACGAGAAGAGCCACCACCAGGCGGUGACAGAGGCCAUGCUAGUGAUCGGCUUCAGUUCUGAGGAGGUGGGCUCUGUGCGCCGGAUCCUGGCUGCCAUACUGCACCUGGGAAACAUCGAGUUUGUGGAGACGGAGAAGGGUGGGCCGGAGCAGGGGAAACUGGCAGUGACCGAGGAGGAGCUGGUGGAUUACGUGGCUGAGCUGACAGCCACACCCCGGGAACUGGUGUUGCGCUGCCUGCUGGCCCGAACUGUGGCCUCAGGAGGCAGGGAACUCAUUGAAAAGGGCUACACCGCAGCUGAGGCCAGCUAUGCCCGAGAUGCCUGUGCCAAGGCAAUGUACCAGCGGCUCUUUGAGUGGGUGGUGAGCAGGAUCAACAGUGUCAUGGAAACCCGGGGCAGGGACCCCCGGCGAGAUGGCAAGGACACAGUCAUUGGUGUGCUGGACAUCUACGGCUUUGAGGUGCUCCCUGUCAACAGCUUUGAGCAGCUCUGCAUCAACUACUGCAAUGAGAAGCUACAGCAGCUCUUCAUUCAGCUCAUCUUGAAGCAGGAGCAGGAGGAGUAUGAGCAGGAGGGCAUCACCUGGCAGACCGUCGAUUACUUCAACAAUGCUUCCAUCGUGGAACUGGUGGAGCGGCCCCACCGGGGUGUUCUGGCUGUGCUGGAUGAGGCUUGCAGUACUGCAGGCACCAUCACCGACCGAAUCUUCCUGCAGACCCUGGACACACAUCACCGCCACCAUGCACACUACACUAGCCGCCAGCUCUGCCUCACAGACAAGACCAUGGAGUUUGGCCGAGACUUCCGGAUCAAACACUAUGCAGGGGAUGUCACAUACUCGGUGGAGGGCUUCAUUGACAAGAACAGAGACUCCCUCUUCCAGGACUUCAAGCGGCUGCUGUACAACAGCAUGGACCCCACCCUGCGGGCCAUGUGGCCGGAUGGGCAGCAGGACAUCACUGAGGUGACCAAGCGCCCUCUGACAGCGGGCACGCUCUUCAAGAACUCCAUGGUGGCGCUGGUGGAAAACCUGGCUGUUAAGGAACCCUUUUAUGUUCGCUGCAUCAAGCCAAAUGAGGACAAAGUGGCUGCAAGGCUGGAUGAGGGCCACUGUCGCCACCAGGUUGCUUACCUGGGGCUGCUGGAGAACGUGAGGGUCCGCAGAGCUGGCUUUGCUUCCCGCCAGCCCUACCCUCGAUUCCUGCUCAGGUACAAGAUGACUUGUGAAUACACGUGGCCCAACCACCUGCUGGGCUCUGACCGGGCAGCCGUGAGUGCCCUCCUGGAGCAGCACGGGCUGCAGGGGGACGUGGCCUUUGGCCACACCAAGCUCUUUAUCCGCUCUCCCCGGACACUGGUCACACUGGAACAGAGUCGUGCCUGCCUCAUCCCCAUCAUCGUGCUGCUGCUGCAGAAGGCAUGGCGGGGCACACUUGCAAGGUGGCGCUGCCGGAAGCUGCGGGCCAUCUACACUAUCAUGCGCUGGUUCCGGAGGCACAAGGUGCGCGCUCACCUAGCUGAGCUGCAACGGCGAUUCCAGGCGGCACGGCAGCCCCCACUUUAUGGCCGUGACCUGGUCUGGCCACCAGCCCCCCCUGUGCUGCAGCCUUUCCAGGACACCUGCCACACACUCUUCUCCAGGUGGCGGGCCCGGCAGCUGGUGAAGAACAUCCCCCCUUCAGACAUGGCCCAGAUCAAGGCCAAGGUGGCUGCAAUGGGGGCCCUGCAGGAGCUACGGCAGGAAUGGGGGUGCCGGCGGGCCUGGACACGAGACUACUUGUCUUCCGCCACUGACAACCCCACAGCCUCAGCUCUGUUUGCUCAGCGACUGAAGACUCUCAAGGACAAGGAUGGCUUCAGGGCCGUGCUCUUUUCCAGCCAUGUCCGGAAGGUGAAUCGCUUCAACAAGAGACGAGACCGGGCACUCCUGCUCACAGACCGGCACCUCUAUAAGCUGGAGCCAGGCCGUCAGUACCGGGUGAUGCGGGCAGUGCCCCUUGAAGCGGUAACUGGACUGAGUGUGACCAGCGGGCGGGACCAGCUGGUAGUGCUGCACGCCCAGGGACAGGAUGACCUCGUGGUGUGUCUGCACCGCUCCCAGCCGCCACUGGACAACCGCGUUGGGGAGCUGGUGGGCGUACUGGCGGCACAUUGCCAGGGGGAGGGCCGGAAGCUGGAGGUCCGUGUCUCCGAUUGCAUCCCACUGAGUCAGCGAGGGACCCGGCGCUUGGUCUCCGUGGAGCCCAGGCCAGAACAGCCAGAGCCAGAUUUCUGCUGCAGCCGUGGCACCUUCACCCUCCUCUGGCCAAACCCUUGAGCCUGACUGUCUUGGCUGCACCAGAGCACCAUCUUGCUGCCUAAUAAAGUGGUGUCU